GGUGGGGAGGAUCGUUGGGAUCGGUCCUGGUUAUACACAAGGAACUUGUUCUCUCGCUCGUUCGCUGUGCAGUCGGUAGUCGCACUCAGUCGUACUCGAGCCCGGCUUAGGGAUAAACGUCCGUUGGUUCGUGCGUUCGUAGAUUCGUCUGCUCGCGGAGCGCAGUGACGGUCAAACCAUUGAGCACGACGCUUCGAUCUGAUCAUCACGAGUGAGCCAAGUGCUGUCUGUCACAUACGGUGCGUAUCGGUGUGAAACCUGGCCUGGCCGGAUUCCGUAUCGGAUCGGCUUACCGGUCUAUUUAUAUAAACGCGAGUGGAUAGUCGGAUAUACGACUAAAGUGGAGACGCAAAUGCAAAUUCAAAGUGCUUUUAUACGAUACUAAAGUACUUUAGUGUAUGCGAUGCGUUCGUAGAGAAGAACUCUACUGGUUUUUUCAAGUUUUAUCCGGGUUCCGGAGUCCUGAGCGGAAGUUACUCAGGAAAAGUAUACAUAAAGAAGGUCGUUCAACAAAAAUUAAAGAGAGAAUAAGAGAAGUUAGUUAAAAAGUGGGAGAGACAACAUAUAUGGGUAGAGAGAAGAUUGAAAAACGAGUGAGUGAGAAUAAGACAGAGUAGCGAAGAAGAGUGAGUCGGGUUGCGAGAGAAAUAGAGGACCGUGGAAGCUGAGGAAUUCUGCCUCCUUUUUUUCCUCUUUAUUUUAUACAAGUGCCAUCCCGUUUUGCGUUGUGAAUGGUGAGUGGUGGUGCCAAGUGGUAACAGUGAGAUUCCGUAGUGCAUGGACUCGCUGAGAUGCCGUGGCUGUUCAAUCUUCGGACUCUCGGCUAGCUAGGAGAGGCAGUGCCAGUGACUGACGUCACGAUGCGCAUGUUGCUGCUGCUGAGAUUGGUGUUAGCGGCAGCGGGUGUGCUGCUGGCGAGCGCAAAGGCAAACGCAAGGAUACACGUUAACGGAAACGCUAAUUCAAACGGAAGUGUAAACGUGAACGGGAACGCGGUGAAACGCCUUGGGCUCGAGGAUCGCGAACAGGCGAUCGCUGGCGUGGAGGCUAGUCUUCUCUCCCUGCUUGGAUUUGCUAAAAGGCCUAGACCUCAGGGCCCGUCUUACAUUCCGGACUCUCUGAAGAAGCUCUACGUACGACAGAACACCAUUGGCAUGGCCGACAUCGCAAGACCGGGUAUACAUGCCAGGUCGGCAAACACGGUUCGCUCUUUUACUCAUGUUGAGAGCAUACUGGACGAAAAGUUCCAGUCGCCACAUCGGUUUCGUCUGUCGUUCGACUUGAGCAGUAUACCCAGCGGGGAGACCCUGCAGGCAGCGCAGUUGAGUCUGUCGCAGAAAUCGGAGUCGGCCGGAGACGACGAGGCGAGACAUCUACGCAUCCUGGUGCACGACAUCGUGCGUCCUGGUGUCAAGGGACGGCACAAACCCAUCCUGCGGCUAAUUGACAGUAAGGUCGUGGAGAUCCGAAAGAAUUCAUCCGUAAGUCUGGACGUGCAUCCAGCGGUGGAGAGGUGGAUCCAGGACAGGACGAAUAACCAUGGGCUCCUGGUGCACGUCGUGAACGGCGAGAGGACGAGUAAGAAGCAGCAGAAGAAGGACAAGGAGAGUCUCGAGGCAGGAAAGUCGAGAGCGCUCGAGAGUGGUCACGUGAGAUUAAGAAGAAACGUGGAGGAAUCUAGCGACUCCUGGGCGAUGAAUCGGCCGAUGCUCUUCACCUACACAGACGACGGUAGGAACAAGAUGGCUUCCGCGAAGGAAAUAAUGGAACGGCGCGCGAGGAGAGCCGCACUAAGGAAAAAUCGUCGGAAGGAUGGACGGGAGAAUUGCAGACGGCAUCCGCUCUACGUGGACUUUGCGGACGUCGGGUGGAACGACUGGAUAGUGGCCCCGCCCGGAUACGACGCCUUCUAUUGCCACGGAGAUUGUCCGUUUCCUCUGGCGGAUCAUUUAAAUUCGACGAAUCAUGCGAUCGUCCAGAAUCUCGUUUACUCGACGAAUCCGGGCAUGGUACCGAAAGCGUGUUGCGUACCGACGGCACUGAGCUCCAUAUCGAUGCUGUACCUUGACGAGGAGAACAAGGUAGUGCUCAAGAAUUAUCAGGACAUGGCCGUCCUUGGAUGCGGUUGUCGUUGAAAUAGAAAUUCGAGUGUAUCGUUCGAAAGAGAACGGCAACAAAUUCAAUUCCUGAAACAGCCAUGCUGAUUGAACGAACAGCCAUACAAGCUAUCCAGUCGAGCAGCAACCGAGAAGGCAGACAAGCUGACAAGCAAGCAGAGUUGUGCCGUGGCGUGUUGAAAUAGAUUGGAAUGGAUUGGAAUAAGUACGUGCUAGCAGCUAUCCCUACCCACUUCAUCACUCUAUCCUCUCUGACUCGUUAAAGCGAGCCAGAGAGCGAGCGAGUCUGCGACGCUGCCGCAUUCUCUACAGUUUCAGUAAUCAACAAACUCGGCAGCCUGUGAACUAAGAGCGCUGCGUGUGCGUGAUAGGCAAGCCAAACCUCCUUGGAUGCGUAUAAUUUAUUAAUAAGGUUGUAGAGGAGAGAAGCAUCGGAGAAGGAUGUAAGGAGAAGAAGAAGAAGAAGAAGAAGAAGAAGAAGAAGAAGAAGAAGGUUGUAGAGAGAAACCGGUAUAAAUUUAUGUAGCAGCGUCCACAGGUGCUAUUUGUCCAUGGCGACGUAGAAGACACAUCCAGAGAGUUCGACAGAUAUUCGUCCUGCCUUCCGACGAAAACUUGCCUAGGUCUACCUCUUGCUGUGUAAACUAGCCCCAGCCCCCCUGGCUUCCUCUCUGCUGUCCCGCUCGCGUCCCAAGAAACAUGAGUCAACCAUCGCGACUCCAGGACCUCGGCGCUGCAAUGGCACCUGGACCAAUGAUGAACUAAUGCAAAAGGAUCGCCGAACUCCUCAGCCCCUCGUCGCGACUCUCGUCGACUCGAAUGACGAUCUCCACGAGGAAAAAUUAUUCUACCAAGUCGUCGCAGUAAGAACGCGUUCCGCUUGCGUCACUAACAGUCUCGACAACAACCGAGUAUAUGUGUAUAAGCGGUAAAUCGGUAAUUUUCCGAUUCCACUGCGCCGUUCUUGGACGACGACGGGCGCUUUGCGCGCAUGUACGCGACGCAUGGCUCUGCAAUCGGUGGAGGUAUAUUGAGAAAAAGAGAACGUAUCAUUGAGAAGUUGGUGGUGGUUGUGUUCCUGCUCCUGUUGCUGUUGGUGAUAGUGAUCGUGAUGGUGGUAACGACGAUGGGCGUUAAGAGGAGAAGCUCAUGCACGAGAAGGUGGGACUUGAUGUAAUGUGCGUGCGUGCGUUGGCCGUUGAGAGGAGGUGAAGAUGCAUGUGCGUGUACAAGAGGAGGAGAAAAGGCUAAGAUAGAUGUAAUGACAGUGGAUAUGACGAUGGGGAAUGAGAGUGAUGAUGAUGACAGACAAGGAAACUGAUGGAUUGUCAAUUUUCGAAUUGAUUUAAUAGAUAAUACGGCAGCGAACCAGUUUACACUGUGUUUAGGGAUAGUUUUGUUCUGGGACGGCAGGGGAGUUUUGUCCCCUUUUAUUUGACAUGACCCAGUCAUAGAGACGAUUAAUGUAUUUAUGUGAUUACCCCAAUUUUCCUUUACACAUGCACACACACACAUACACGUACACACCACGUAUAAAUAUUAAACAUAAAACGUACCUGCUUAAGGAUUACUAUUUAUUUUUGCAGACAGAAUUAAUGCGCGUGUGUAUAUUUGUACAAAAGUUUUGUUUAUAAUAGCGUAUCCCUGAUGUAAAAUGUGUGUAUAGAUAGUUAUGUAAACUUUGUAAAUAAUACCUUUGUAAUAUACCGCUAUAUAUGUAUAUUUUAAUGUAUUGAUAUUUACCAUUA